AUGAAAGUGCUCUUGCUUGGUGCCACUGGCAACGUCGGUGGCCGCGCGCUGCCUGCCUUGAUCAAGCACGGCCACACCGUCGUGGCUUUUGUUCGCUCGCCCGACAAACUCACGCCCGCAGCACGAGCUGUGCUGGCCGCCGUGGUCACUGGAUCAGCCACGGACAAGUCAGCGUUGAAGGACGCCAUCCUCACCCACAACUGCGAUGCCGUCUUUCACGCCGCCGGCGUCGCGCAGAUGAUGGGCCGCUCCAAGACUGGCGAAUACACCAAAAUAUUUUCCGCCAUCGUCGCGGCCAUCGUGGAAGCCCGGGAGGAGUGCCGCGAGCCCGCCAUCCGCGCCUGGCUCAUGUCUGGGUUCCCCAUGCUGGACAGCGCCAUCCCGACUCGCCUCAUCGGCGACUACAUGCCCAUGUUUCCCGAGCACAGGGAGAAUCUGGCCCUCAUCCAGAAGCAAGACGAGAGGAGCAUUGCAUGGUCGUUGUUUUGCGCUAACCAAUUGAGCCCCAAGCACAAGGGUAUUCGGAUUCCCGCACCAGACGACUGCUCGGCGGCCAAUGUGAUCGCAAGGGCCGACUCACCCCCCGAAUGGCGAGACACUCUCAAGUGGGUGCCGCUGGUCGGACCGUAUUUGAACGUCUUUGGUCUGGCGCAUGGUUACGCCACUACUUUGGAGGAUCCUUUAGACUUUAUUGCUGCCGACUUUGAGACGGGAUUGCAAAGCGAGUUUGUUGGGAAGAGAGUGGGACUGAAAAUGAAGAAAGCGGCUUCUUGA